GCCGUGCGGGGACACACACACCGGAGCCGUGAGAGCCCCGGUGCUGCAGCGCCCGCUCCGCUCCGCUCCCGGCCGGGACCGCUCCGCCAUGGGCGGCCGGACAGCGCGGCCCCGCUGACCCCGCACGCUCCGGCAUCCCGGCAUCCCGGUACUCCCUGCAUCCUGGCACUUCGGCGCUCCAGCAUCCCGGCAACUCCGCUCUGCCGACCCCGGAGCUCCGGACUCCGCCGUCCCAGGAACUCUACUCCGUUGAGCCCGGUUCCUCCAUCUCCCGGCACUCCGGCAUCCCGGGAACUCCGUGCUCCACCGUGCCGGGAACUCCGCUACGCUGACCGCUGGUCCCGGCUCCUCGGGAAUCCGAUCCGCGCUGCCCCCCGGCCCCCGGGCCCCCCGGAGGAGCGGCCAUGGCGUUCAUGGUGAAGAGCAUGGUGGGGGGACAGCUGAAGAACCUCACGGGCGGCCUGGGCGGCGAGGAGAAGAGCGAGGGCGAGAAGUCUCCGGCCGAGGCGCAGGGCAUGACCCGCGAGGAGUAUGAGGAGUACCAGCGGCAGCUGGUGGAGGAGAAGAUGGAGAGAGAUGCUCAGUUUGCCCAGCGCAAGGCGGAGAGAGCCACGGUCAGGUCCCACUUCCGAGACAAGUACAGGCUGCCCAAGAACGAGACGGAUGACAACCAGAUCCAGCUGGUGGGAGGCGACGUGGAGCUGCCCAAGGAGCUGGCCAAGAUGAUCGAGCAGGACAACGAGGAGGAGGAGGAGAAGAACUCGGUGAUCGGGCAGCUCAGUAACAUCCAGAACCUGGACCUUGAUUCCUUGAAGGACAAAGCCUCGGCCACGCUAGAGGACCUGAAGCAGUCGGCGGAGAAGUGCUCCGUGAUGUGACGGGGCUGAGCAGGGAGGGGACGCAGCGCAGGCUCUGGCGGGGGCUGCUGCCUCAGCGGGGACCCCAGCCACGUUGUCACCCUUGCCGUGUGUCACCCGGCUCCCCCUGAGCCGCGUGGCCCCUCGAGCCCCCGACCCAGAUGUCCCUGAUGUGUGGC